AUGAUUCCGGGGAGAGGCAGUGGUAACGACAGUCAAGCCCGAGGCAACCGCCAGUUGGAUAGUGGUUGCACCCAUGGAGGACGCACCACCCCACACCAGGAGUGUCUGGCCGGUUUUCUUUGCGCCGUCAACAGCGGGCAAUGGCAGGUUGAGACAGUCCUCUGGAUACAGCCCCGAAGCGGCGGUGGAGAUGCCCAGCGGGAGGACUACCCCCUGUUCGAAGGGAAGAGAAUCCGGUAUCUCAGCCACUUGGGCCUCGUGCACCAGGGGAUACAACUGGAAAGCCCCGUAGGCAGGAUCCAAUGCCAGCAAAGUGCUGCAGUGGCUGUGAAGAUGAGUUGGCACUGCUUCUACAGGAGGAAUCUGGGCCAGAAGACGUACGCAAUGACCCUCUUGCCCUUCUUGAAACGGGUCACAUCUGGACCAACGUCUUCAACAAUCCCGGCAGCGUCAAGCCCAAGUACCAAGGGGUACUUGUUCGGCCAUCCUCCUUCAGUCCUGUAA